ACUCACUGCUGCUCUGACUGUGGGAAGAGAUUCACCUCAUCAGGCAUUAAAAUUCAUCAGAGAACACACACAGAAGAAAAGCCUUAUAGCUGUGUUCAAUGUGGGAGGAGUUUUGGUCAAUCUAGCCAGCUGACUAAACACCAGAGAAUACACACAGGAGAGAAACCUUAUAGCUGUGUUCAAUGUGGGAAGAGUUUUUGUCAAUCUGGCCAGUUGACACAACACCAGAGAAUACACACAGGAGAGAAAUCUUAUAGCUGUGAUCAAUGUGGGAAGAGUUUUGGUAGAUCUGGAGAGCUGACAGUGCACCAGAAAACACACACAGGAGAGAAAUCGUAUAGCUGUGGUCAAUGUGGGAAGAGUUUUCCACCCAUGCCACAUCUGACUCUACACCAGAGAACACACACAGGAGAGAAACCUUAUAGCUGUGGUCAAUGUGGGAAGAGUUUUGGUCAAUCUUGUCACUUGACUCAACACCAGAGAACACACACAGGAGAGAAAUCGUAUAGCUGUGAUCAAUGUGGGAAGACUUUUGGUCGAUCUGGAGAGCUGACAGUGCACCAGAGAAUACACACAGGAGAGAAACCUUAUAGCUGUGAUCAAUGUGGGAAGAGAUGUACUACAUCUGGCUCUCUGACUCUACACCAGAGAACACAUACAGGGGAGAAACCUUAUAGCUGUGUUCAAUGUGGGAAGAGUUUUACUACAUCUGGCAAUCUGACUCUACACCAGAGAACACACACAGGAGAGAAACCUUAUAGCUGUGGUCAAUGUGGGAAGAGUUUUGGUGGAUCUGGAGAGCUGACAGUGCACCAGAGAAUACACACAGGAGUGAAACCUUAUAGCUGUGGUCAAUGUGGGAAGAGUUUUGGUCGAUCUGGCCAUCUGGUAUCACACCAGAGAACACACACAGGAGAGAAAUCUUACAGCUGUGAUCAAUGUGGGAAGAGAUUUGGUCAAUCUGGAGAGCUUACAGUGCACCAGAGAACACACACAGGAGAGAAACCUUAUAGCUGUGAUCAGUGUGACAAUAGAUACUCUGAUAAAAGAUCUCUGAUCAAACAUCAGAAAAUGCAUACAUGA